GGGUACCGUCAGAAUAAGAGUCCAAACAGCUGAUAAAAACAUCACAAUAACCCACAAGCAAUCCACACCACUCCAGUCCAUCAGUUAAUGUCUAAUUUGGCAGUACAUGACUGAUUGAUGUCAUUCAUAUAGGCUCUGUAGCUCAUUGUUAGACGGCGUUAUGGUGCUCCACUCUGCAGAUGGCAGCAUAUGAACGCAGGGCUCGCUGGCUGUAACGUCUCGUGCAUGUGUUGGUUGGCCCUGUGCUGUUCUCAGUCAGUAUAAUCCCGUCUCUCCACUGGCUGACAUGGCGACUGCGAGGACGCUCAUAUGCUCCACGACAGCCUGCAUCUGACGCGGCUUCGGGCGGCCAGCAUCACCGUCGCGCUCGCUGUAUUCGUGGACGAACGCACACUUGGACACAGUAUAUUUAUAAUCGGGGCUGAGCGAGGAAGACCAUGGUGGAACACGGCCAAACGUCGAUGGCCGGACAGAGGUUAGGGGCCCCAGAGACUCUAGGGAUCAGCACCCUGGAGCCUGGACACAAACCGCCUGCUAUGCCAGCUGGACGCCUGGUGCCCAUUAGAGUCCUGCUGCUGGAUGACUCAGAGGAGAUAUUCGACAUAUCGCAUCGAGCAUCGGGCCGGGUUCUGUUCGAGACGGUCUGCUCGCAUCUGAACCUUAUUGAGGGGGAUUACUUUGGCCUGGAGUUCCAGAGCCGUCACAGAAAGAUGGUUUGGUUGGAUUUACUAAAGCCCAUUAGAAAGCAGAUCACACGGCCCAAGCACACCGUCCUUCGGUUUGUUGUGAAAUUCUUCCCACCUGAUCAUACAGUGCUGUUGGAAGAGCUGACCAGGUACUUGUUUGCGCUGCAGGUAAGGCAGGAUCUGGCCAGUGGACGUCUCACCUGUAGCGACCCAAGCGCUGCUCUGUUGGUGUCUCAUAUCAUCCAGUCUGAGAUUGGUGAUUUUGAGGAAACUCGGUGUAGACAGCAUCUGCUUAACACCAACUACAUCCCUGACCAGAUGGCCCUGAUGGACACAAUAAUGGAGUUCCACCAUAAACACACUGGACAGUCUCCUGCAGAGUCAGAUUACCGGUUGCUGGAGGUGGCGAGCAGGUUGGAGAUGUACGGUAUCCGACUCCAUCCUGCUAAAGACAGAGAAGGAACCAAACUCAGUCUGGCUGUAGCACACGGCGGCGUCCUCGUGUUUCAGGGACACAACAGGAUCAACGACUUCAACUGGUCUAAAAUACGCAAGUUGAGUUUCAAGAGAAGGAGGUUCCUUGUCAAACUGAGAGCAGACCCUAGCCAGAAUGUUAAUCAAGAUACUCUGGAGUUUCUGAUGGCGAGUCGGGACUGCUGUAAAAUGUUUUGGAAGAUCUGUGUGGAGUAUCACGCCUUCUUCAGGCUCUUUGAGGAGCCCAGACCCAAACCUAAACCGGUGCUGUUCAGCAGGGGCUCAUCCUUCAGGUUCAGUGGACGGACACAGAAGCAGGUGAUAGAUUAUGUGAAGGAAAAUGACUUUAAAAAACUGCCCUUUAAUAGGAAACAUAGUAGGGUGCAGUAUAACAGCAGCCUGUCACCUCUGCGUCACCAAGUGCCAAAUCAAGCUGUCAAGCAGAGCUGGGAGGGUUCAUUUUUAGUAAGCUCAGAAGAUUCUGCGGUAGUAAGACCAGGUGGAAACUCCUCCCCAUCAACUCAGCGCAACGGAUCCAGCGACCAAACGUACACCAUUCAGGAGGACAGCACCAGUCGGGCAGCUAAGCAGCCCACCCGUUGAUCGAGCAGGUCUGGCGUCCCAUGCAGCUAAAGGCAGCAGCUCAUCCAUCCCGUACAUUGACUGCAGUGAUGCAGAGUUUAGCGAACAGGAAGUCAGAGGUCGGGUCAGCAGGUCACACUCGCACACACGCGAUGGCAACAGCGACAGCGCUUAUGGCACAGGGUUUGGUUCGCCCCGGCCACAUCAGCAGGACAGAUACUUUGGCAAGUUCAGGCAGAAAGAGUCUCCGCCUCUUUCUCCUGUAAGCCAAGCUGAAAGCCCCAUCCACAGCUAUCCCAGCCCAUCCUCUCCAAAUCAAAGUGCUAACAUUUUUGAGUCGUCAUUUUUUGGAGGCAGGGUACGUGGGCCACUUCAUAGCACACUAUUGGAAGAGUUGGCUGCAAAAAGCUCCUUAAACCACCACACAGGCACCAGGAGCCUGACCUCUAGCCCGGCCCCCUCCUCAGUUCACAGGACCAGCUCACUAAGCUACGCCCAGUAUAAUGGACACACCAGG